AUGGGUGCGUGGCGCCUCCUCGCUGACCUCAGCCCGCUCGUAGUGCUGGAGAAUGUCAAGUUCCCCUCGUACAACGAGAUUGUCUCGCUGACCCUGCCCGACAACUCCAAACGUACGGGCCAGGUGCUAGAGGUGUCUGGAUCCAAGGCGAUUGUUCAAGUUUUUGAAGGCACGUCUGGCAUCGACGUAAGGGACACGCAUAUUGAGCUUGCGCGUCACUCGAUGCGGCUCCCUGUGUCAGAGGAUAUGCUUGGCCGGAUCUUUAACGGCUCGGGUAGACCAAUUGACAAAGGGCCCGAAGUGUUUGCCGAGGACUUUUUGGACAUUAACGGUGCGCCGAUCAAUCCUGCCUCGCGUGAUUAUCCAGAGCAGAUGAUCCAGACGGGUAUCUCGACGAUUGAUGUGAUGAACUCGAUCGCGCGUGGCCAAAAGAUCCCCAUAUUUAGUGCGUCGGGUCUCCCACAUAACGAGAUUGCCGCGCAGAUCUGUCGCCAGGCGGGUCUUGUGCAGCAGGCCAAAAGCAAAGGCGUGCUGGACGACCACGCUGAUAAUUUUAGUAUUGUCUUCGGCGCUAUGGGUGUAAAUAUGGAAACGGCGCGGUUCUUUAAGCAGGACUUUGAGGAGAACGGAUCUUUGGACCGUGUCACCCUUUUCCUGAACCUCGCCAAUGACCCGACCAUUGAGCGUAUUAUCACGCCGCGUCUCGCUCUUACUACUGCAGAGUUCUUUGCCUACCAGCUCGAGAAGCACGUACUGGUCGUGCUCACGGACAUGACCUCCUACGCAGACGCGCUCCGUGAAGUCAGCGCGGCGCGUGAAGAGGUGCCGGGUCGUCGCGGCUACCCCGGUUACAUGUACACGGACUUGGCCACGAUCUAUGAACGCGCCGGCCGUGUCAAGGGUCGUGCUGGCUCUAUCACACAGAUCCCGAUUCUGACCAUGCCGAACGAUGAUAUCACGCAUCCCAUUCCCGACUUGACUGGCUACAUCACCGAGGGACAGCUGUAUGUCGACCGGCACCUGAACAACCGUCAGAUCUACCCUCCGAUCAAUGUGCUGCCGUCUUUGUCUCGUCUCAUGAAGAGCGCGAUUGGGCCGAAGCGAACGCGUGCAGACCAUUCGGAUGUGUCGAAUCAGAUGUAUGCCGGCUAUGCAAUGGGGCGCGACGCCGCUGCAAUGAAGGCCGUCGUCGGUGAGGAUGCACUCAGCCGCGAGGACAAACUCACACUCGAGUUCAUGGAGCGCUUUGACCGCGAGUUUGUUACGCAGGGUCCGUACGAGUCGCGUACCAUCUCCGAGUCGCUCGAUUUGGGUUGGACGCUGCUGCGUACCUUCCCCAAGGAGAUGCUUACACGUAUUAACCCCAAGAUCCUCAAGGAAUACUAUUCGCGCAACGCUUCUUCGACCCAGCAGCCCGACACUGACAAGCCGAGCGUGACGGAUCGAGAGGGGGCAUAG